GGCGAUGUACCUGGUUUUUUUUUCCGGGGGUGUCGGAGAAGGAAUAGGUGGCAGGGUGUGUUUUUCGGGCGGGAGGGGAAAAUGGAGGACAGGGGUGCCUCGAGUUUUAGGGCGUGGCGGACGAAGGAUGCGUGCCGGGCUCUUUCGACCUCCACCAGGGUCCUCGUGCAUGCCCACACGCAUUGUUGGCCAUGCGAGGGAUCACCAAAAGCCUUCGGGAAGAACGGUCCGUGUACGAUCGGCGAAGGGGCGGGCUGUUGUGGACGGCAAGGCGUGUCAAUGGUGUACGGCGAGAGCACAGUCCGGGCGGCAGUCCAUACGGCAGUACUUCAUUUCCCACGGCUCCAACGGUAGCGUCUGUGCACUGAUUCGUCGCCGCACGCCUGCACCUCCGCUUCGCCGCUCCACGCUCGAGCUUUGGGCUCCGCGGGCAGUUCCCCUUCAAGCCCGACAAGCACGUGCUCGUUUCUGCUCGCCAUCAUCGUCGCGGCUUCUGGCCAGUGCCCCUUCGGGCGCAUCGUCCACGUGCUCCCUCGUCCACGUGGCCGUCGUCGACCUCCACGCGUCCACCGUCCACGUGCUCCUUCGUCCACGUGCUCAUCGUUGCCGAGUUGCGGACGAGAUGGCCCCGAGGAACGCCUCAGGGAAGGGAAGGAAAGAUAGCGGAGCAGGCGACGGGGGGGAAACCCAGAAAGGCAGAGGCCACGUGCCAAAGUCGAAAAGGCAGCGCGUUGGUGAGGCGAGCUCCGAACACACUGAAGACUUUCAGCCAGACGAAGUGGUGAUGGUGGAUGCGCAAGGGACGGCAGGGGCGAUGCGAUUGGGUUUCGGGCGGGAUGGGGUGUCGAGGGAACAGUUGUCCGCUCUGAAACAGAGCCUCGUUGUUGGUGCUGCCGGGGCACUGCAAAGGACCCCGAAGGCGGCAGGGGUUGUCAUGACGGAGGUACGCGUGCCGAGGCAACUUCCGGCGGUGGUGGGCCAGGGCCAGCCACGCCAGCCACUCACCCUGCAACAGACGGGGACUUCAGGGGGAGGGAAAACACAGUCCAGGCAAAAGGGCGAUGCGACGGCGAGCGGCACUCGGACGGCGGCGGCGGACCACAGCAGUAGAAGCGGACUCGCCGAAGGUGCAGCCGAGGACAGGGUCGACGACGUCCGCCGCGACAAAGGAAGAAGAGAUGAAAAGUGGGAGGGCGAUGACUUGACAGCUGGAUCACCCUAAUGUCGUGGCAGCUCCCCGGAUAUCCAACGAACACGUCAAGCACGCGCAGAUCCAGGUCCACCACCACCUGCGCAAUGACGGAGAAAC